AUGGGUAGAAUCACACAUAUUGUCCAGCUCCAGUUCAAGAGCGAUGUCAGCCAGUCUACCAUACAAGAGGCAAUCAACACUAUGCUCUCAUUGAAGGAGAAGUGCAUCCUCCCCAAGACAGGAAAGCCGUAUAUUGUUUCCAGCACAGGAGGGAAGGAGUGUUCUGUAGAGGGAAUGCAGAAUGGCAUUACCCACGUCUUCGUCGUUGAGUUUGGAUCCGUGACAGACCGCGACUAUUACGCAAAGGAGGAUCCGGCGCAUCUUGCUUUUGGUGCCAGUCUUGGUCCGAUAGUGGCGCAGGUUCAGGUGGUGGACAUUGAAAAUGGGGUCUUUUAG